AUGCUCCUUUUAAAACUGACUGCAUUCACCUUGCUGGCUGCAGUUUGCUGUACACUAUCAACUUCAGCGACGAGAGUGGUCACCUGUGACAAUGGAGAAAACGUCCAGUUCCUGAACUGUGAUUCUGGAGUGAUCUUCAUUGAGAGAGCUCUGUACGGUCGGACUGACAGAACCACCUGCAGAGAAGGAAGACCUGCUGACCAACACACCAGUGUUAAUUUGAUAAAGACAGGCACCCUGGAGCUCCUCUCACAGAGGUGCAAUGGGAAACGGGUGUGUGAAGUGAACACUGAAGUCUUCCGUACUUCUGACCCCUGUGUUGGAAUCUACAAAUACCUGGAAACCACCUACACCUGCAUCCUAGCAACACGCAGCAUCACGUGUGAAGGCUCUGAUGCUCUCCUAGAAUGUGGUAAGGCUCUGAUAUGUACGAUCCAGAUCCACAGUGCCAACUAUGGCCGCCGUGACCAGCUCGUGUGUUCCUUUAAACGGCCCGCUAACCAACUAGCCAACACCAACUGCCUCAGCCAAUCCACCACUGCCAGUAAGGUGGCAGAGAGUUGUGAUGGGAAGAGCCAGUGUGACGUCCCGGCGUCCAGUUCUCUGUAUGGGGAUCCCUGUGUAGGAACCUACAAGUACCUGGAUGUGGCUUACACCUGUGGCUAA